UCUGCAUUUUGAACUUUCAUUUACAGCCUACACAGGAAAACUGAAAACAUAUAAAAGUCCUCUGUGAUGCAAACAAAAAUUCCACCUGCCCCCACAGCAGGAUAUUUUAUAUUUCAUGAGCAGUGAGCUCUUUCUUCAAAUUGUCUCAGAAGCUUUGAAGGGAUAAAACCCAAAAUUUGACUCUCUUGUUUGACAUGGAUGAUUACGAGUUCCAUUAUGUUCACAUGUUAGCUCGGGACUACUUGAAGCAUGUUCAACAGACACCACCACUGGGAUCAUGUCUAAAUAAGACAUCUCAAAUUCUACAAAAGGUUGCUUUCUCUGUCCAACAAGAAGUAGAAAAGGAUAUGGAAACAUGCUUGAGCACUUUGGACAUCGUUUCUGUAGAGUCUGCCAGAAGAAUUUUCAAUAGUGUUAUGAAGAAGGAAUUUGAGGAUGGCAUCAUUAACUGGGGACGGAUUGUCACCAUAUUUGCUUUUGGGGGAAUUCUCAUCAAGAAGCUUCUGAGACAUAGAGCUCCACUGACUAUGGGCACUCAGGAAGAAAUUUCUCAUUUUAUUGCCGAGUUCAUAAUGAACAAUAUAGCAGAGUGGAUAAGACAAAAUGGAGGAUGGGAAAAUGGCUUUGUAAAGAACUUUGAACCUAAUACAGUGUGGCCGAACUUCACAGAUAUUUCAACAAAGAUCUGGGGCAUAUUUUCCUUUCUGAAGUAAUAGUUUUUGAUGGAAAAGAAUUAACAUGUACUGUGACAUCUGCCUAUCCCAAAACACCGGACUCUAGUCAAGGUUUACUUCUUUAAGGCAACUUUGUGGACAUGACUAGUCUUUUGGAGAUCUUUGACAAUUAAAAUAACCAACAUUUUCAUUAACAAACUGUGGGUACACAUUUAUACAUUUGGACUAUUUUGUAUAGUAUAUAAAAAUAUACUAUUUUGCAUUGAAUAGAAGCUUACAUCCUGAGUUUGUAGUAGAGUAUGGCAAAAUACAAAUGGGGUUUUUUUUUUAAUCACCUUAGUGAAUGUUCAGUUGACAGUUCAGUUGACAUCAAGCCUUUAAAGUAAUUAUCAAUAAACAUUUAUUGAUAUGUUACUUCUGUAUACUACUCUACUAUUACAAUCUUCCUUGAAGAAAGAGCAAAUUAUGUUAUUUACAAACGUCUUCAAAGAUUGUCAAAUAAAGUUCCUUUUCAUAGAAGCCAAUUCCCUACUGUCUGGUCCCACUUUGUCUUUUCUAGUUUUAGCUCAAACUAUUCCUCUCUAUGUGUUUAUUCUAAGAUCUAGUCAAACUUGACUAAAUAUGCUUUUCUAUCUCUUUAGAGGCAGCUGGUGGCUCAGUGGGCAUUUUGCUGGGCCUCAAGUCAGGAAUACCUGGGUACAAAUUUGGUAUCAGAUACUGGCUAUGUGACUCUGGACAAGUCAUUUUACUUUUGUCUGCCUAGAUUUCCUCAAGUGUAAAAUGAUGAUAAUAAUAGUUACCUACCUUCUAGGAUCCAUUGUACCUAGUAUAACCACAAGAUUGUUGUGAGAUUCAAAUGAGGUAUUUGUAAAGCAUUUAGCACAGUGCCUGAUACUUGCUAGAUACUUAAUAAAUGUUUUUCUCUUUCCUGCCUUCCUUGUUUUUGCUCAUGCUACUAUUUUAUUUCCUUAAAUUGUUAGCCAAACCUUAAAAGUCAACUCAAAUGCUAGUCUU